AUGAGCGGCACGGGCGCCAGGGCGGGCCACCGCGCCCAGCCGGUGGUCAAGAGCGUGCUGGUCUACCGCAACGGGGACCCCUUCUUCGCGGGGCGCCGCGUCGUCAUCCACGAGAAGAAGGUGUCCACCUUCGACAUCUUCUUGAAGGAGGUGACGGGCGGCGUCCAGGCGCCCUUUGGGGCCGUCAGGAAUCUCUACACCCCACGGACCGGCCACCGCAUCCGUAAGCUAGACCAGAUCCAGAGCGGCGGCAACUACGUGGCCGGGGGCCAGGAAGCCUUCAAGAAACUCAAUUACUUGGACAUUGGAGAAAUCAAGAAAAGACCAAUGGAAGUCGUUAAUACAGAGGUAAAACCAGUAAUCCACAGCAAGAUCAACGUGUCCGCUCGAUUCAGAAAGCCUCUUCAGGAACCCUGUACUAUCUUCUUGAUUGCAAAUGGAGACCUCAUCAGCCCAGCCUCUCGCCUCCUAAUCCCCAGAAAAGCCUUGAAUCAGUGGGAUCAUGUGCUGCAGAUGGUCACGGAAAAGAUAACUCUGCGGAGUGGGGCUGUUCACAGACUUUAUACUUUAGAAGGAAAACUGGUUGAAAGCGGGACAGAGUUGGAAAAUGGGCAGUUCUAUGUGGCUGUUGGCAGAGAUAAGUUUAAGAAAUUGCCUUACAGUGAAUUACUUUUUGACAAGUCAGCAAUGAGAAGGACUUACGGUCAGAAAGCUUCUUCACUGCCUCCUAUUGUGGGAUCCAGAAAGUGUAAAGGGAGUGGAAAUGAUCGCCAGUCUAAGUCAACCGUAGGAUCCAGUGACGACUCUUCUCCUCAGCCCCCAAAGAGGAAAGGAAAAAAAGGCGAAGUGAAUUUAGAAAAACCCACAAAAGGGAAACAAAACCAAAAGUUAAAGAACUCACCACGAACAGUUCCCAACAGCGAUGAAGGCAUUUUCAAAGCUGGAGCAGAGAGAUCUGAAACACGGGGGGCAGCAGAAGUCCAAGAAGAUGAAGACACUCAAGUGGAGAUUCCAGUUGAUCAGAGGCCAGCAGAAAUAGUAGAUGAAGAAGAAGACGGGGAGAAGGAAAGCAAGGACGCAGAAAAGAAAGAUGAGUUUUCAGGAGUGAAUGGUGACCUUGAAGGAGGUGGGGUGGUUACGGCCACCUCCGAGAGAGCCAAGGGGACGCCGGGGCACCCAGAGGAGCAGGGAGGCCCCGCUCGUGUUCACGGAGGCCCCGAUGGGGAAAACGGGGAGGAACUGGCCCAGGUCGGUAACGAGCUUCAGGAGGCGGUGGAUGAAGAAAUAGAGUCUGAAGGAGCUGGCAGCGAGCAAGAGGAGGCUGACUUAGACCCUCUAAGACCGCCAAGGCCAGAAGUGAAAAUCACUAGUCCACAGGAAAACGAAGACAACGAACAAAGCAAGGACCCUGCUGUCGUAGCAUAA